AUGGGGAAGCAAAUUAAAACUGAAAGCCUGCGCAAAUUUAAUGAACUUUAUAAAGAAUAUAAAAGUCUACACUCAGUGAAUACAUCUCUAGAAUCACCAAGAAAUGAAAAGAAAGUAUGUGAAUAUGAUGAAGAUAAAUACGUAAUAGACUUUGAGAAACUGUAUGCAUGUCCCUCGACGUCAUCUGGAUCUGGAUCUUUUCAUCAAGGCUUAGUUAUAGACGAGUUGGAGGAGUACCUAAGUGGAGAGUGGUGGAGGACGCAUGAGACAGAAUAUCCGACUUUAUCGAAGAUGGCCCGUGAUUUUCUUUCAAUACGUGCAACUUCAGUACCUGCUGAGAGAUUAAUUUCCAAAGCAUCAUUAGUAAUUAGAAAACAUAGAAAUAGGUUAAGUGAUGAGUCAGCCAGAUGGUUACUUUGUAUUAAUUCUUGGUCAAAAGAAUUAAUAUAA